UGCUAUUCUACAAACCGGCGGCGCCGCGGAGCGGGCGGGACCGAGCGAGGCGGACGCGGGCGCCCCGCGGCCCCGUGGCCAUGGCCGAAGCGCAGCAGGCUCCCAGCCCCCGGCCCGGCAAGGAGAACCGGCUGCCAGGGGCGGGGGGCUGCAGCCGCCUGCCCGUGCUGGCCCGCGGCCCCCCCAGCACUGCCACGCCGGGGGGGGGCCUGGCGCAGCGCAUCCCGCUGCGGCCCCUCACCCCGCGGCCCCCCCAGCCGCCGGGGACGGCCCCCGCGUGCAGCGCCCGGCCCGCGGAGGGGGGUCCCGCCGGCGCCCCCAAGGCAGAUGGCCACUCCGCACCGGAGCCGGCGGCCGCCGUGGGGCCGGGCCAGGCCGCUGUGGGGCCCGCGGGUGCCCUCGGCCUGGCCCGCCGCGUCCCGCUGAGGGGCACCCCCGGGUGCCCCCCCUCCGCGGAGCGCCGGGUCUCGGUGCUGGGGGCCCCCGCGGGCGCCCCCCUGCCAGAGAGCAGCCCCACGGCGCCGCGCCCCACAGGCGCUGAGACCCCGGCUGCCGGCACGGCGGACCCCCGCUUCCCCUCGCCCUUCGGCUCUGCGCGCCGCGUGCCCGUCACCCGGGCGGAGCGCCUGCAGCUCUGCAGCCGGCGGCCGCCGCUCUUCCGCACGCCCUGCGCCCGGCGCCCGCCGGCGGGUGCCCAGCAGACCCCCGCGGCGCCCUGGGGGGGGGCCCUGUCCCCCCAGGGCAGCCCCGAGACCAAGCCCUGUGCCGCCGAGCGCGCCGGCCCGGCCCGGGACACGACCGUGGUGCGGCUCUUCGGGGACGAGGGGCAGCGGGACCCCGAGGCAACGGUGGAGGAGGGCGACAGGCAGGACGGCGUCCCCGUCGCUGUGCCCCCCGCCCCUGGCGGGCACCGGGGGGGCUGCGUCCCGGCGGCGGCGGCACCCGGCUCGGGGGGGGUCCCACCACCGCCGCCCCCCCCAGCGGUGCCCCCCCCCGUGGCGGUGCCGGCGUCGCGGCUGGUGGCGCUGCGGCAGCGCCUGGGCUGGCUGCGGGCGGCGGCGGGGCGCUUCCAGGAGACCUGCCUGGACGACGAGUGCGCCUUCUACACCAGCCGCCCCCCCCGGCGCCCCCCCCGGCCCCGGCGCUGCCCCGAGCCCGUCGGGCAGCUCCUGCAGGCGCAGGACACCAAGCACUUUAUCCCCAUCGGCCGCCCCGGCGCUGGCGGUGACGACAGGGACGACUCGCCGCCCCCCAGCCCGGGCCGCCCCGUGUGACGGAGGGGACGGGGACAGGGACGGACGGAGGGGACGGGACGGGACGGACGCCGCCACGCUGCCCCCGGCGGGGCCGAUGCCGGGGGGGGGGCCGGGCGGGCAUGCGGCCCCCAUCGAGCCCCCGGUGCCAGCUCAUGGUGGUGGCGAUGCCACUUGCGCCCGCGCAGGUAAUAAAGGACCGUUUGCACUCGCA